ACACACACACACACACAGACAGGAGGCAAUGUGAGUGGGUGUGUAGCUCGUUAUCAAUGUGUGUGCAUGGGUGUGUGUGUGUGUGUGUUCAGGUCAGUCAGACUGCAAUGGUUUGCAACUCGACCUUUAUAAACUUUGUGCAUUUUGAACCCAGUCUCUCUCUGUGUGUGUAAGCGCAGCGCGAUGGCGGCAAACGUGCGCUCCUGGACGGUGAAGCAGGUGGGCCGCUGGCUGCGUGAUGAGGGUUUUGGCGACUAUGUGGAGCUGCUGUGUAAUAAACACCGUCUGGACGGCACCAGCCUCCUCACGCUGACCGAGUUUGACCUGCGCUCACCGCCGCUCGAGCUCAAAGUGCUCGGAGACAUCAAGCGGCUCAUGCUGUGCGUGCGCAAGCUGCAGAAACAAAACGCUGACGUGCUGGAGGAGCUCGGCUUUGCUCAAGACACACACUCGCCACAAGGGGGCGCUGGGGUGGAGUGGCUGUGUAACGGGGACUCUGUGCGGGACCGGGACAGCGUGAGCGACGUUCUCGGAGGUGAACAGUUCUCCUACACUAACGGGAAGCAGAAGCAGCAGAACCGACGCCUGGACCCGGAAUACUGGAAAACGGUGCUCAGCUCCGUCUACGUCACGCUCGUCUUCGGCUUCACCUCCUUCGUAAUGGUGAUCGUUCACGAGCGCGUACCUGACAUGCGCACCUACCCUCCACUCCCAGACAUCUUCCUGGACAGCGUUCCCAGAAUCCCCUGGGCCUUCGCCAUGGCCGAGGCAUGUGGAGUCAUCCUAUGUAGCGUCUGGCUACUCGUUCUGCUGCUACACAAACACAGGUCUAUCCUGGUGAGGAGGAUGUGUAGUCUAAUGGGGACUGUCUUCAUGCUGCGCUGCAUCACCAUGUUCGUCACCUCGCUCUCUGUCCCUGGACAACACCUGCAGUGUACCGGCAAGAUGUACGGUGACAUGUGGGAGAAGCUGCAGAGGGCGGUGGCGAUAUGGAGUGGGUUUGGGAUGACCCUGACUGGAGUCCACACCUGUGGAGAUUACAUGUUCAGUGGACACACAGUCGUCCUCACAAUGCUCAACUUCUUCGUCACGGAGUACACCCCCCGGAGCUGGAACUUCAUCCACACUCUGUCCUGGGUGCUGAAUCUCUUCGGGAUCUUUUUCAUCCUGGCGGCUCACGAGCAUUACUCCAUCGACGUCUUCAUCGCCUUCUACAUCACCACGCGUCUCUUCCUGUACUACCACACCCUCGCUAACACGCGCGCCUACCAGCACAGCCGCCGCGCGCGCAUCUGGUUCCCCAUGUUCUCCUUCUUCGAGUGCAACGUCAACGGCCCUGUCCCCAACGAGUACUGCUGGCCCUUCUCCAGACCCACCCUGCUCAGGAGACUCAUCCGAUAACACACACACACACACACAAACUCACACACAGUGUGUGAACUAAGUUAUUAUGUGUAUAUAUACAAGACACUAAAAGUAUGUUUACAUCCCAAUUGUAUCCCGCACCACACCCCAUAUUUACAAAAUCCCCUUUAUCGCUGACCCCCCCCCCCCGCCCGUUGGGGCGUCUCUAACCACACCCCAUAUUCUCAGGCGGUGUGCGUGUCCUGUAUUAUACAGUGUCUACCUGUUUUACAUUUAUGCCGCAUGACAUUUUGCUUCUUUUUAUUUUGCAUCUGAAAAAUAAUUUUUCCGCUCGGUGAAAAUUAAAGCGGCGCUCGGCACCUCAGUGGCCAAAACUCGACAACAUUAAAAGCAGCAGAAAUAAUGUAGUAUAAAUACAUGGAAAAAAAUAUUUUAGCAUAGUUUCAGUCAGUUGUAAAUUCUAAAGCUUUAAUGCUACAUUUAUUUAUUUAGUCAUGAAAAUAGUCUCCAGUCUCAGCACUUUAAAAACUUUAGUUUUUUAGGCUAAAAAGAUUUAUAGAGCAGUAGAGUCUUUUUAAAAAGAAAAAAAGGAGUAAUGUUUGGUAAAAAAAAAGCUGUUGUAGAAGAGGAAUAUGUCACUUUUAGGACGUGGAGAGUGAAGAGCAACGCUAAGUCCGUCACGCUACACUGUCUGGGCUCGCAGCGCGGCGGCUGGUCUGGUAUUCCUUACUUACGGAAUUGGAAAAGAAACGUGUAUAGUUGAUAAGAACCAGAUUAGAACAACUUCUGUAAAUCUACUGUAAAUAAAACAACUACAGUCGUAUUUGUGCGAGAUAUAAAACAAAUAACCAGAAUUUCAGGUUCUUGUUCUGCAGCUGCGCCCCGGUUUACGGGUGAAUAUUUUCAGCUCUCUGGUGUAAAGCGAUGUACAUACAGCAACAACUGACUUUCUAAAGCAAUACGAAACAACGCUUCCUCAACUAGUUUACACUUUCACACUCGGCUGAGGUUCAUUAUCAUUAUUAUAUUAUCAUUAUAUUAUUAUUAUUAAUGUUAAGUUUAAAAAAACAAAAGAAAAGAAAAACCCAUCAAUGUAAGUUAUGUUAAUUUGUUAUUUUCAUUUCACAACAAAAAGCCAAACAGUUUAAGUUUUUUUGGUUGUUUUGUUUUGGGUUUGCCAAAUAAAAUAGUUAAUGAACAAAUUUUUCCUUAGAUUAAAAAAAAAAACAAUUGCAUGCAUUUAAAUGGAAAAAAAUUCAAAGUACAUUCGAAAGAAAUUCUGAAAUGAUGGAACAAACAAAAAUGCUGUAUUAGAACAAAAAAAACAAACAAACAUAAUCUCUUUUGCAUAUAAAGUUUUUAAUCUUAUCCUUUGAAAAUGUGAAACAAAAGAAUGCCACAUCCACGGACCAGAAAUGCUCUUCUGUAUUUAUUAUUAGUACACCACCAAUACUUAAAUGAUUGACAUGACUCUGCGACUCAGCGUGUGUUGCUGCUUAUGUUUUCUGGUUAAAUAAUUCCACAUGGCCAUGUUGGUAUAAAUUUAUAAUUUUUUUAUGCGAUGAUUAAUUCUGCAGCACUAAUUUAUUAUAAAUUUUGCUAAAAAAAAUGUGACCAAAUUUAUUUAAAAUUACAGUUAUGUGUUUUUGUUUAAUUUAUAUUUUCUAGCUUUGCUCACAUCAAACUUUGAGUGAACAAUGAACAUUUGCCAAAAAAGUCACAUGAAAACAGGUAAAUUUUUGUACAAGCGAUGGUCGCUGGUUCCCGCCUCAUGGUGUUUGUGUUAUUUUUAAGAUGUUAUGCAAAUAAUACGAGUUGUAUUUAUGAUCCUGACACUUUGUAAAGUUUACUAACGUUUACAAACUUGACUAAAUGUUUAACUCGCUUUAUGAGUUUUUUUUUGUUAGUAAUUGUUUAUUUUGCGGUAAUGUUGUGCCAUUGUCCGUUGCUGGUUGAGUUCUACAGCACUACUCACGUCUCUGUGUGUCAUCGCUUCAGCACCUUAUCCUAAUUUCCGCAUGUUCGUUUGUGGAGAAAUUGUAGAUUGUGGGUUUGACUCUAAACUUGAUGUAAAGUGUGAUGUACUUAUUAAUCGUAAUUUGGCCUCGGUCUCAGAAUGGUCCAUCCCGGUUAUCUGACAUUUCUUGUAAAUAUGUAGGUAAUGAUAAAAUAAUUGUUUAGCUAGAAAUAAAUAAGCUGCUGUUGUAAAUAACUGCUGUUUCUUUGAUUCUUUAUAAUACGUCGAUCAGCCAUUACA